AUGGCGAUUUUAAGACAAAUUGUACGGUUGUCUAAUACCUACUUGUGGAGAUGUAGUAAAAGGUACAGCAGUAGCGGUAGUAGGAAUAUUUUGAAACUGAGUGAAAGAGGGAUGUACCAGGAUAUGUUCCCAAAAACAGCAGCUAAUGAAAUAUUAGAUAUAUUAAAUGGGUCUCCACAAUGUGUGUAUGCGGGAUUUGAUCCAACUGCCAGAAGUCUGCAUGUUGGAAAUCUUUUAGUUAUUAUCAAUCUCCUACACUGGCAGCGUGGUGGACACAAUGUGAUAGCCUUGGUAGGAGGAGCAACAGGGUUUAUAGGAGAUCCAAGCGGUAGAAGUACAGAGCGAACAGCAUUACAAGAAGAGAUUCUUAGGAAAAAUCUAGCUGGUAUUAAGAAUAAUCUAGAAACAGUGUUUGAGAACCAUAAAAAGUAUAUUUGGACUGAAGAUGAGAAUAAGUUGAAACCUCCCACAAUACUUAAUAAUGAAGAGUGGUACAGAAAUAUAGAUUCAAUUAAAUUUGUCAGUGAAAUUGGUAGACAUUUUAGGAUGGGUACAAUGUUGUUGAAGCAAACGGUACAAAAUAGAAUAAAUUCUGAAAUAGGCAUGAGCUUCACGGAGUUCUCAUAUCAAAUAUUCCAAUCUUAUGACUGGUUGCAUUUAUUAAACAAAUAUAAUUGUAGAUUUCAGAUAGGUGGAAGCGAUCAAAUGGGUAACAUAAGCGCAGGCCACGAACUCAUCAGUAGAACAGCAAAGAAAAAUGUUUAUGGUUUAACAUUACCAUUAAUAACAACAGAGGAAGGUGACAAGUUUGGGAAGUCUGCGGGUAAUGCAGUUUGGUUGGACGCAACCUUGACAAGCCCAUAUUCAAUGUACCAAUUUUUCAUAAGAACGAAAGACAAUGACGUCGAAAAAUUAUUGAAAUUGCUCACAUUUUAUAGUUUAGGAGAAAUUAAAGAUAUAAUGUACAAACAUACACAACAUCCUGAACAGAGAUACCCACAGCAGUGUCUGGCUGAGCAGUUAGUGACUUUAGUACAUGGAGAGGAAGGUCUUGAAAGGGCAAGGAGGGCUACCGAGGCUAUAUUCAGUAAAGAUGUCAAGUCAUUAGUAUCUCUUACAUCCACUGAGUUGCAGCAAGUGUUUGAAGGAGCUUCAACUGUACACCUAUUACUGUCACCUGGUAUAACAGUACUGGAACUUGGAAUGAAAGCCAAAUGUUUCGCUACAGAGAGUGACGCUAUGAGGAUUAUCCAAGCCGGGGGUUUUUAUAUAAAUCAUCAGAGAAUCAAAAAGAUUGAUGAAGUCAUCACUGAGUCCGCCCACAUACUACCGAAUCAUACAUCACUACUACGAGUCGGUAAACGGAAUUACUACAUCGUGAAGUGGCAAACUUAA